AUGUUAUAUCAAAAGUAAUCACUCCCAGGUUUAAAUUCAACUUGUUAUCAAUCUAACAAUGAAGAAUGUGAAUAAUAACUUAGACCUUUGUAUUUAUUGAUUCUAGAAAAUCAAAUUGAUGUCUAAUAAGAAAAUAUUACUUUAGUCGGUUUAUUUAAACUAUUAAAAGUAUGCUUUAACAUUUUCAUAGAUCUGGAAAUUAGAUAUCCCAUUUUCAAUUUUAGCUAAGUUAAUGUUAAAUGCAAAUAAAUUUUGCAACUAGUAAUUGAAUUAAAUGAUUAAUUUACAUUCUUUACAUCAAUUGAUGCAUAAUCCUCAACUUUAAAUGAUAUACAGAAAGAAACCAAAAUCAGAAGUGUUCUAAUUAAUUGGAAAUAAUGCAUAUUUGUAAAAUUGUUAAUUUACAACUCCUCAAACUUUAGUUGGAUUAUUUAGUAGAUUAGGAGAACUGAUAAAAAGAAAGUAGAUGUAUCUCAAAAUCAACAAUGAAAAUAUAGAUGUUAAAGAUAAAUAUAGUUACAUUAUAUAAAUGAUGUAAAACACUCCAAGAGAUCAGAAGAUGAGUCCAAGAGACAAUAUCACAGAUAAAUAAGAUAGUUUACUUUUAGGAAAUUAACUAUUCAGUACAUAAUCAAAAGUGGAUAGCAUAUUAUUAUUAGAAGAUAAAGAAGAUAAGGAUGAAAAUGAUGAUUAAUUUCCUUAAAUUAAUUAACCUAUUAAACAAAAGUUUCAAAAAUUAUAGAAUGUUUUAGAUUUGAACAAUUAAUAAUUUAAAAUGAAUCAUAGAAUGAGAAAAAUGCAUUCAACUAUGAUGAAUCAUAUGAUUCUACUUAAAUAAAAUUCAAAUGUUAAUAAGAUUAAUAAAUUAAUACACUAAACAUAAGGAACCAUUUAAAUUAAAUUACCUGAAAUAUGA